AUGGCUUUUCCUACUCUUCAUUUCUUUUUCACUACUAAGCCUAUCCUUUCUCUGUAUUUCUUCACUUUCUUGGUUCUAGGAUCUGCCCUUAUUUCAUCUGCUUCCAAGCUACCAGGCAAUGAGACCGACAUUAUAUCACUUCUUCAAUUCAAAAAAAUGAUCAAAGAAGAUCCGUUUGGUGUCAUGGCCUCGUGGAAUGAAACCAUCCAUUUCUGUGAGUGGCCUGGUGUUUUGUGUGGCCGCCGCCACCUUAGAGUCAUGUCCUUAAAUCUCAUGUCCUUGAAAUUGGUGGGAUCACUGCCUUCAUACAUUGGGAACUUGAGCUUUCUCAAGGCUUUGGACCUCCAAAACAAUAGUUUUUCAGUGAAAGUACUUGAUCUUUUGCACCAUGGAGCUUCUCGAAGUUUUGUUGCUGAGUGUGAGGUGCUGAAAAACACCAGACACCGGAAUCUUGUCGAGGUGCUAACUGCUUGCUCGGGGUUUGAUCUUCAAGGAAAUGAUUUUAAGGCUAUAGUUUAUGAAUACAUGGAUAGUGGAAACCUUGAGAAUUGGUUGCAUUUUAGUCCCCAAGAGAAUUCCCAGAUUGAAGACAAUAAAAGCUUAUGUUUUGUUGAAAGGUUAAACAUUCUCAUUGAUGUGGCAUGCGCUUUGGAUUAUCUUCAUAAUGAUUGUGAACCUGCAAUAAUCCACUGCGAUCUCAAGCCGAGUAAUGUUCUCCUGGAUAAAAACAUGACUGCACAUGUAAGUGAUUUUGGACUGGCAAGAUUUGUACAACAAAGGAUUCAAAGCUCUUCAUCAGACAACCACAGUCUUAUAGGAGUACAAGGAACUGUUGGAUAUGCACCUCCGGAAUAUGGUAUUGGAAGCAGGCCAUCAAAAGCAGGUGAUGUAUAUAGCUUUGGCAUACUAAUCUUAGAAAUGUUCACUGGGAAGAGACCUACGGAUGAAUUGUUCAAAGACGGCUUAAACCUUCAUAGCUACGCUAAGGCUGGUUUAGCAGACAGAGGAGUGGAGAUUGCAGAUCCCAAACUUGUCCAAGAAAGAGAUGAACAAACACAAAUGUGCUUAGUUUGUAUGUUCAAAGUUGGGGUUGCUUGUUCUGUGGAAUUCCCAGCAUAUAGAUUGAAGAUUCGUGAUGUUGUUGGUGAAUUAAAUAAAGCAAGGAAAUUCUUCUUGAUGCACUGA